AUUUGCUUCCGAGAUCCCGGAAGUCACAAAAAUCUUGCCGCACACGGGAAUCUAUCUCGCAAUUCACAUGGACGGGAAUCUGGGAUAUAUUAAUCCUACUACUUUCCCGGAUUCGAAAGGUAGGCUGUAUACAGUCGCGGUAGUGCGCACUAAAUUUGCAGAGUGGAUAACGCCAGAAAUCAGCACUCCCUUUUCGGAUUGUGUUUCAGUCAGAAAGGGUCGAAUUGUCUGGUCUCCAUAGCUAUCAGCUUAAUUGAGCAACGGAAGAAGAGCUAAGAUGGAGGUGGGAAGACGCCCAGACGGUUCUUCAGAUUCGUCCGGGUCGUGCUUUUCUCGCUUUUACACGGCAGCUCGCCGGUCCAAAAAUAUAGCUCCACCGUCCACCACCUCCAUCAGGACGGGCGAUGGGGGUGGACUCGUCCGGCGUCUCAGCCUAUUUGAUCUCCUUCUGCUCGGAAUUGGCGCUUCCAUUGGAGCCGGAAUCUUUGUAGUCACCGGUACUGUUGCCCACGAUGCCGGCCCGGGGGUCACUAUCAGUUUCAUGAUUGCAGGAUUAUCUUGUGUCCUUAAUGCAUUAUGUUAUGCUGAGCUAGCCUCACGGUUUCCUGCAGUUGUUGGCGGAGCUUAUUUAUAUACGUAUACAGCUUUUAAUGAGCUUACAGCUUUUCUAGUUUUUACACAGUUGAUGCUUGAUUAUCACAUCGGUGCAGCUAGCAUAGCACGCAGUUUAGCAAGCUAUACAAUCAAUACACUAGAGCUCAUUUCUUUCUUCAAGGAUCACAUCCCAAGCUGGGUUGGGCAUGGCAGCCAAGUCUAUCUUGGAGUUUUUUCUUUUAACCUAUUAGCUCCUUUACUACUCAUAAUCUUGACAUUAGUUUUAUGCCGGGGAGUUGGAGAAUCCUCUGUGUUCAAUGCAGUUGUGACUAUGACAAAGAUAAUCAUUGUUAUUAUUGUAAUCAUUGCUGGGGCAUUUAAGGUUGAUGCCUCAAAUUGGACCCCUUUUGCUCCACAUGGUGUAAGAUCAAUAUUGACUGGGGCCACUGUGGUUUUCUUUGCAUAUAUUGGAUUUGAUGCAGUUGCUAAUUCGGCUGAAGAAUCUAAAAGACCUCAGAGAGACCUGCCAUUAGGCAUUAUCGGGAGUCUGCUUGUCUGUGUUGCACUAUACAUUGGUGUCUGCUUAGUAUUAACCGGGAUGGUUCCAUACCAACUCCUUGGGGAGGAAGCUCCUUUAGCACACGUUUUUAAGUCCAAGGGAUUGACCUACGUUUCAGUGCUAAUCAGCAUUGGUGCUGUUGCUGGACUCACCACAACACUUCUUGUUGGGCUUUAUGUUCAGUCCAGACUAUAUCUUGGGCUGGGAAGGGAUGGCUUAUUGCCUUCACUCUUUGCUCGAGUACAUCUGACACGACAUACACCUGUUCGUUCUCAAAUAUGGGUAGGGAUUGUUGCCAUCAUCUUGGCUGGCCUUUUUAAUGUCCACUUGCUCUCACACAUUCUCUCAGUCGGCACCUUGACAGGGUAUUCUGUAGUUUCAGCUUGUGCCGUAACCCUUCGAUGGAAAGUUAAGAAUGAGAAUAAAGUCACUGCCAGAUUAAUUUCAAAGAGAGGAGAAGGUGUCAUUUGCCUUUUUUUAGUUGCCUGUUGUGGGUUUGCUGCAGGAGCCCUUUACCGUUUUAGGGCUUCUUUUGCUUUCCUGAUUGCAGCUGCUGUCAUUGCAAUAUUUGCUGGAGUUGCUCUUCAUUUCCGACAUGUUUAUGAAGAUCCGCCAGGGUUUUCUUGUCCUGGAGUUCCAAUCCUUCCAGCUGCCUGCAUCUUCUUCAAUAUUUUUCUAUUUGCCCAGUUGCACUAUGAGGCAUGGGUGAGAUUUGUGCUUCUCAGCAUUGUUGCCGUUGGUAUAUAUGCACUUUAUGGGCAGUACCAUGCCAAUCCUGCAAGUUCAGGCACAUCACCUAUUCACCAAAGGGAAUCUGCACAAGUUUAGUUCGGUUCAACGUGAGGGUUGUAUCAUAAUUGGUUUGUAGUAGCUACAAACGUUUGGUGGUUGUGUGUAUAGGCAGUGAGUAUGAAUAUGUUUUCAAGUGACAUGCAACCCAAUUUACAAUGCACGUAAUAGCUAGCUAAUCUAUGUAGCACCGAUACUGGAAACGCGGAAACGGGUACGGGGAUACGUCAAAACCAAAAAAAGUAGGAUACGGAUACGGGGCCAUAUUUAUAAAUAUUAAAAGUUAUGGGGGUGUAUUUACAAAUAUUAAAAGUUAUUGGGG